AUGAAGGUGUAUGAGUAUCGACUCGUGCUGCCGAUGACGCCGGAGCAGUACCGGCGUUGUCAGCUCUACAUGGUCGCGAAGGCGAGCUUGGAAGACGCCGCGAAGGCCACUGCCGAGGGAGCCGCCAACGACUGCAUGCAGAUUCUGAAAAACGAGGAAUACCUUGGCGAAGACGGAUCUACCGGACAAUAUACACACAAGCGAAUCAACAUCGCCAACAAACUCCCAGGGUGGCUUGUCAGUUGGGUGGACACGCGCCUCACCGUCUUCGAUGAGAAAUCGUGGAAUGCCUUCCCGCGUCUCAAGACCACCUACGACUGCGAGCUCUUCUCCAAGGCCAAAGUCUCGAUGAUCAGUCACCACCUCGACGGCGUGCAAACAGACGACAAUGCCCUGGAUCUUGACGCGGCGAUGCUGGCGCAGAGGAAAGUGGUUUUGAUCGACAUUGUCAACGACCCCGUCGCGCCCAAGGCUUACGUCGCCGCGGAGGACCCCGCGCGCUUCCACUCAACGAAGGCGGGCAUCGGACCGCUGACGAAGGACUGGAUGACGCAUAUUCCGCUCGUGCCGGACGAGUCGCCCCCGCCGGCGCCUGAGACGAACGGCGCGGCGUAUUAUUCGUCUGCCGUGGCCGAGGCUCAGGCGAACGGCGGCGAGGGCGGCGAGCAGCCGCGGAUGCGUCGGCAGUACCCGAUCAUGACCUGCUACAAACUGUUCGUCCUGGAUUUUCCCUACUUUGGCUUCAUGGCCAGUAAAGUCGAGAACUGGAUCACUGGCGCGAUGCGCGACGUGCUGCUCAGCUAUCACCGCAAGGCUGUCUGCUGGAUGGACGAAUGGUAUGACCUCUCUAUGGAGGGUAUCCGGCGCAUGGAAGACGAAGUGAAGGAAAAACUCGACGCGAUCCGCGGCGAGGCUGCGCCCGCGCUGCCGCCCUCGGCUCCUUCGCCUCCCGAGAAGGAAGACGCAGGCCUGCAGGACGGCCGCGGCGCGGGAGCCUCCGAGGCCGGCGAGGCGUGGAGCCCAACUAGCGACCAAGAGGAGAUCGAGGACGACCGCGCCGAAGGGGAGCACAGCGGCAGUCUGUCGGCGUCUCUUCCCUUCUCCGUCUCAGUCGACGCGCUGGCGCCGUGGAGCCUCGAUGCGCCAGACGUCUACUCUCUCUCUGCCGUGGCUAAGGCUUCGCGCGGCGCAGAGGGAGACCAGAACUUGCCGUCGUGCCCCCCAACCUCCGGGCGACCUGCAGCGGGCACGACGGCGGCUGGAGUCGCCAGCGCCCUCGCUGGCGCUCCGGAGGCGCCAAAAGACCUCGCGCUGCAUUCGGGAUUUCUGUUCAAACUUGGCGACGGCUUGUGGAACACUACUUGGAAUCUGCGCUACGUCGUGCUCCGCGGCAGCAAACUGCAGUACUUCAACGACCCGCGCGACGCGCGCGCCAAACACCUGGUCGACUUGGAAGGUGCUCAGAUCUCCUGGACUGGCGAACUCCGACAGCGCACGCACUCCUUCCUUGUUCACCCUGUCGGGAGAAGGGCUAUGCACUUUAGCGGAGAGACGCUGGAAGCCUCGCGGCAGUGGCUGGUGUGGCUGCGGACGGCGGCGCAGAGCGCGGGCCUCCACGAGGCAGACCGGCGUCGCUUUUCGUCGCUGUCGUGUUCGCACCACUUUCAUCCAAAGUCCCUCUCCGCGUCUCCGUCACGCCCGUCGGGAGGCACGUCGCCUCGCCACGCGCCGACUGUGCUUUCACGGCCUCUCUACUCACCCGCCACGCCUUUUGCGGAAGCGUGCGCCGCCGCUGCAGAGCGGACCGGCGGCGGAGACGGCGAGGCAGCGGAGCCUCCCGGCAAGCCUGCGCACGAAGGCGAGGAGUCGCGGCUCAGCGGGGACCCGCGGCCUGUGUCUAGAGGGCAGACGGGCGAAACGAGAGGCGAUGAGGCGCGGGCAAGUGCUGAGUCAAGAACGCCCCGGGGCUCCAUAUCGAGGGGCGCCGCUUCUGGCAGUCGCGCGGGCGCGGGCGCGGGCGGCGACGGCGAAGUCUACUCAGAGUUACUCUUCUCUCCCCAGGCGACGCCAGAGCUGGAGUACUGCGUCCGCCGUCUACGAUUCCUUCUGUCGAGUCGCAUGCGUCCGCGGUUCACGCUGUCUCGGCACGAAGACGACAUCCGCGUCUGCGUAAAAGACUCCUCUCAGUGGAUCUCGAUUCCGCCGCCCAAGGCCGUCCACAUCCAAGACGCGCGUCUCUCGCGGCAGGCGUCGUCCGCGAGGGAGGCUCCUGCAGCAGCGACAGCAGGCGCCGCAGAGGCGCCGCCGCCCUCGUCGCCUCUCGCGGACGGAGAGAGAGAGCCCGGGCGGCGCGCAGAGAAGAGGAGACGCUUAGACCGAGCGUGGGAGGUGCUCUGCCUCGUCUUGCCGAUCUUCCUUCCGUUGUUCGCGAUCUAUCAGUUCGUCGUUCUGCUUCUCCAGGGGAUUGCCUUCCUGUCGUCUCUGUCUUCUGGCUUCAUCUUUUUCCUCUCUCGGCUAUCCUCCCUCUCUCCGCUCUCCUCCUCUCUGUCGUCGGUCGUUCUCUCUUCGCUCGCGUCCUCCGUCUUCCCGGGCGGCGACGCGGAGGCUUUGGAAGGAUUUUCUCUCUUCUUGGCGAUCCCCUCGCUCGGUUUGCGCCUCGUCAAAAAUGCGUUGCUCGGUGUUCUUCUCUUCGCUCUCCGCGUGCUGCUGUGGAUCCUUCUUCCUCUGUUCCUCGGCCGCAAGCUCCUCAGCUACUCGCGCCUCUUCAAUCCAGCGCCGCCGCAGGCGCCUCGGCGGCCUUCGCCGCAGUCGCAGGCGGCGAGCGCGGUGUCUCUGUCUCCCUCCGCGAGACAAUCUUCCUCUUCGGCGCCAGCGAACCAAGAGGGAGGCCGCGGCGGGGUUGAGGCUCCUCUCUCAAGCGCUGCCGGCCGCGACCUCGUCGUGAAGGCCAACUGCGUGGUGAACGCCACGGCGGAGGAACUUUUCCUUCUUCUUAUGGACGUCGAGUUGAUGGGGGCGUGGAUGCUGGGUCAUCGGGCGUCUCCGCGCGUCUGGUCUGAGUCCAUCCACUCGGAUGUUCUCUCGCUGUCGUUCUCUCCCUCUCUGCUUCUCGCGUCCUCGCCGGCGGCGACGGCGGAGGCGUUUCUCGCGGCCUGUUCGCCCUACAUGAGGCCGACUGCGAGUUGGAGUCCCCGCGGGGCGCGCCGCGGCGGCCUCGCCGAGCGCCCGUCGCUGGCGAUGUCCGCGGCGCGCGCAGGCACGCUGUCGCCCUUUGAGUUUCUCCAGGGCGCAGACGUCGCGACCUUCCUCGCUGCCUCCGCCGCGGCGCUCGCCGGUCCGCUGCUCCCUCCGCUUCUGCGAGAGCGCCGCAUGACCUGGCGCAGAUUCUGGGGCCAGACGCGCGACGGCAGCUUCGUCAUCGUCUUGCACUCCGACCGGCAGCUGGAGGCAGCAGGCUCAGGCGCACGCGCCGCAGCCCGCCGCGCGAAUCUCGAGCAAGACGCCUUCCUUCACUGCUGCAGGGCUAGCGGUGAGCCGCCGCGCGGAGGCAGCGACCGCCACGGAGGGCGGAGACGCGUGCGCGAGGCUGGAGAAGGACCAGUGCGAGGCGUGGCGAGCGCGAGCGAACGACCGGAAGGCGCUCUCAAGCAGGCGCUGCGAAAGCUCCUGCUCUGGGGCAGAACCUUCGCAGGGAGGCUGGCCUCCGCGGGAGGUGGGCUCUCGCCUGCCGAGCCGCGACGGGAGGGCAGCAGGCUCCUCGUUUCGCUGCUGCAGACGCUGCUGCGGCUUUUGCGCAUGGCCUUCCCCGUUGCGCUGCAUCCCUUCUCCGUAGUCGCUCGGCCGUCUGCGCAGACGUCACGCGUCUGCGAAGCAGUCGAACUCGCUGGCGGCUGCGGGAGUGGAGACGCCAGAGAGGACGUGGUGCGCGUCUCGGGGUUCGAGGCGUUCAUCAUCACGCCGCUGUCGCCCUCGCUGAACCAGCGAACAACUCAGGCGGACGCGGCCGACGCCCGCGGCGCCCCCUCUGACGGCGGCGCGCCGCCGGUUGGGCUCCAAAGUCCAGAGGCCGCGGUCGGCACGGCGCCGUGUCUCCUGACUUUUGUCUCAGCCGUCGACUGGGGCGGCGAGAUGCCCAGGUGGCUGCGCGAACGCAUUUCGCUCCUGAGAGCUGACCGCAUCCUCAGAGGUGCGAAAAUGGAAGGCGAACUCCGGCGCGCUGGCACAGGCCGCUCCGCAAGCGAGGAUUUCGUCGCCACAGACUCCAUGGAGACUUCCAGCGAGGCGGGAAGCGACGCCGACGCGGAAGAAGGCAACAUUUCGGGCUCCGCUCGCGAACGCGAGGCGCUUCCAGCGCCUCACGGAAGUGAAGAAGACGAAGCAGAGAGCGAAGAGCAAGGCGGUGCGGCACGGAAACCAGGAAGAGCUCCGAACCGAGUGCCCCUGGCCCUGCUUCGAGGCUUCAGGCGGGCGCCAGAGGGAGGUUUGAUGGUUUCGAAUCAAGCGCUAAUUGACCAGCAGAAGAGCGUCUUCCUUGACCUUGUCCGAUGUGACGGCGAAGCGGUGCUUGAAGGCCGGAGCCUCGCAAGCGUCUCUCUGCCUGUGCGCGUCCUCGAGCCGACUUCGCUGCUCCCUCACCUCGCCAGCUGCUGGGGCCACGCGCCGCUCUUUCUCGCGCGGGCGGCGAGUGCGACGGACGCACUCGAGCGCUUCAAAUGGACAAUGACUUUCGCCAUCGCCUCGCUCCAUUUUGGCUGCUGUCGCCAGAAGCCGUUCAAUCCGCUCCUGGGAGAGUCUUACCAAGGCGGCUGGCGAGACGGGAGCAAAGUCUUCCUGGAGCAGACCGCCUGCGAUCCGCCGACGACUUCGUUCAUCGUCCGCGGUCCAAAGCGCCUCUUCUCCUUCUGGGGGUGCUACGCCUUUAAGGCGCAGCUCAAGGGCAACUACGGCGUCUUGACGCAAGAGGGCGAGACGGUCGUUGUGUUUCCAGAAACGAAGACAGAAAUCCGCUACUGUCAGCCGGCAGCAAAGGUCAGCGGUCUCCUCUGGGGACACCGCGUGUUCGAAUGGGGCGGCAAAAUGGAGUUCCGCGAUGAAGAAAACCGACUCGCGUGUCGCGUCCAGUUUGGCGUGUCUGGGGAGAAGGCGGCGCAGUCUACGUGGCCUUGCGUCGCCAGCGACCUGAUCUUUGGAGAAAUAAAAGACAUCGCGACUGGGAAGACCUGCAGCACGAUGACGGGCUCGUGGAUAGACAAGAUUCUGUUCGACGGCAAAAGCUACUGGAACGGCUACACGGCGCCGGCGCCGUUAGAGGACUGUCCAGACUCUCAGGCUCUUCCUACAGACAGCCGAUUUCGGCCGGACGUUCUUUGCCUCCGCGAAGGGCGCGUGCAGCAAGCGCAAGAGUGGAAGCUCGAGCUCGAGGCUGUUCAACGGCGAGACAGAGCUGUGCGCGCGAACGCGUUGGCGCUUCGGCAAACUGCAGGCCUCGUCGCCUCCGCCUAG